GUGCCACGGCUCCGGCCCGCAGCGGUGGUCGCCCACGUGGCUUCAUCAACCUUCUGGGUCUCCUGGAGGGCGGCAGGCCACCGCCGAACGAGUGCGGGAAGACCUUUGGGCAGAGCUCCAACCUGAUCGAGCACCAACGGACCCACACGGGCGAGAGGCCCUUCACCUGCGGCCAAUGCGAGAAGAGCUUCAGCCGGAGCUCCACCUUGGCCGAACAUCUCCGGACCCACACGGGUGAGAAGCCCUACGCCUGUCCCAUCUGCUCCCGCGCCUUCAGCCGGAGCUCCACCUUGACCGAACAUCGUCGGACCCACACCGGCGAGAUGCCCUACGCCUGUCCCGAGUGCGGGAAGACCUUCGGAAGGACCUCCAACCUGGUCAAACAUCUUCGGACCCACACCGGGGAGAAACCCUACGGUUGCGGGCGCUGCGGGAAGACCUUCAGCCUAAGCUCCAACCUGGUGAAGCACGAGAGGACCCACACGGGUGAGAAGCCCUUCUCCUGCGGCCAAUGCGGGAAACGAUUCAAGAAGAAGACCCACUUGGCGUCCCACCAACGGACCCACACCGGCGAACGACCUUACCGGUGCGGGGAAUGCGGCAAAGCCUUCGGGCAGAGCUCCACGCUCAUCGAGCACCAGAGGACCCACACGGGCGAACGACCCUUCCGCUGCGGCGCCUGCGGCAAGAGCUUCUGCGUCAGCUCCAACCUGGUCAAGCACCAACGCAUCCACACCGGCGAGAAGCCCUACGGCUGCGGGCGCUGCGGCAAACGCUUCCGUUACAAACCCCAGUUCACCCGGCACCUGAAGGUCCACCCCGACGGAGACCCGGCGUGUGGCCCGUAG